UAUUUAUCAGGAUUUAACUGGGACAGUGAAAAGAGGAGCAGGAAAAAUAACUCGUCGAUGUAAACAAACAUGUUGUAACCUAAAAAUAUAAAAAAUAUUAUUCUUUUAAUUUAAUUUUUAUUUAUUUAUUGUUUUAAUUUAAUUUAUAUUUAUUUUUUAAUUUGAAAUUUAAAUAUGUCAUUGCGGGUGAAAAAAAAAAUAAUAAAUUCUGAUAACUGCAAAGUUAAAAAAAAUAUAAAGAGAAAGAGAAAAUAUAAUAAAGAAAAUGAUGAAGUUUUGAAAGAUAUUUCCAUAUUAUCUUAUGAUAACUUGAGAUCCAUAUUCUCUUAUCUAUUAGCCCGAGAUCUGUGGAACUCAUCAGCAGUCUGCAGACUUUGGCUGGAUGUCGCAAAACGUGAACUGGACACAAGAGGUGUCGUUGUCAAAGCUGGAGCUUUUGAUGCUUUAUAUAAACAAUGUGGUAGCAGUACACAUUUUACGAAUUAUUUAACAAAUAAACCGAUGCUUGGUUUAUUUUUUAACUCAUCCGAUUGUGAAUAUCCAGAAUGUGCUUCGAAACAUUUUCCAUUAGAUAGCUAUUGUGUAUCAAUAUCGAAUUACGGAGUGAUACUUAAUAAUGAAGAACAUGAGAAUAUACAAAAUUACUCGGCAUUUACAUUUUUACCAGACGAUCCGGACGUUGACAUUGAUUUGAUAACAGCAAAUGAGUUGUCGAUGAUACUGACCAAUAAAAAGAGAGGAAGAUUUAAAUCUGUGAGCACGGCAUUUUGGCGGUCAUACGGAGCAUCUAUUGGUGCUGUCUAUCAAUCAUUUCGUACAUCCGCCAGGCGUCUUAGACAAGUCAAAUGUGUUAUAAUAUUUAUGAAUGAAACUGCUGAGUGUGUGGAUGAGCCGAUGAUACCUGACAUAUUUGACAAAAAAGUAAAAGUCGUGUGGGGUGGAGUCUGCACAGAUAUAUCAGUCAUGCCAGUAUGUAAACCCGGUACAAGGACAACAUCAAAACCACUCUGGCUAGGUUUGUUAAUAUCAGGACGCAAUGUCAGGUGCUGGUCUACUAUUUUAACUGAAGAAGAUAAAACUGACGAAGACAUAAGAUCAAAACUUGCCGAAUUAAAAGAACGAGUUGAUUUGCUCAAACAUACUGUCGCAUUUAUGUUCGCUUGUGUCAGUCGCGGGUCAGAGUAUUAUCUCGGACGUAAGAAUGUCGAGUCGUCGAUUUUCAAAAGUAUUUUCCCCGACAUACCAUUGACAGGAAGUUUUGGAAAUGGCGAAUACGGAACUUAUAGUUUAAGAAAUAAUCACAACGGCGAGGGAAUUUGUCAUCAAUUUUCAACGACUUUUAUGAUACUUUCCUAUGGUAUUGCGGCAAGAAGAGAAACUCGUAAUGGUGCCAGUUAUUAAAAACUAAUUACUUGUAUAUAAUAAAUUAUUUCUUAAUUAAAUAUACAAUAAUAUAUAUAUAUAAGUAUUAAUUUAUUAUCAAUUACUUAGACUUCAGUAUUUAA